AUGUUCCUUUUAUUAAUUUAUAAUCCCCUGGCUUUUCUCUUCACCGAAAACUCAACAAAUUCUUCAAAUUUUGGAGGAGAUUUACAGGAAAACACGGCCAUUUUUGGAAGGCAUCGAACUUUGACGGGGGAUGAUUUUUUCGUUAAAGACAAUACAAAUAAAAUCCCCUUCACUUCUCAAUCCUAUGUUUCUGUUAAUUCUUUUGAGCAUUGGCCUAAUUCUUCUUUAUUGAGGCAUUCACUUAUCUGGCUGUUAAAUUGUUUGUUUGUUUUUGCGAUACUGAAUCGGUUAUUGGUGUCAGGGGAACCGGUUGCCGAUCGUCGAUCUCCUCGCUGGGGAACUUUUAUCCAAAGUCGUCUGAAAGCACAACAAGCUGUAGCGGCGGGUAAUUGGAAAGAGGCACAACGUUGUUUGGGAGAAUCAUUACAGAUUAUUCGUCAUUUACUAAACGUUCUCUGGAUUGGCCGUUGGUUUGCCCGUCGUCGUCGUUCCAGCCUUCAGUCACAAAAAUCGGUUUGUCGAAGUCAUGCAGCAACCUCAAUGGUUUACAAUCAGCUACAUCAAUUGCAUUUAUUAGGAGUGGAUGGAAUUGGGUUGACACAACGAGGGGCCCUCAACAUUGCUUUGUUAGCAGCAAAUCUUGCCGAGGUAGAAAAUUUUUCCGGAAAAAUUUUUUUAUUAAUUUUUCUUCAGUCAGCCGGAUCAUCUGCAAUAUCACACGCACUUAGAGCUGAAAUGUAUGCAUGUGCUGCUAUUCGUUGUAGAUUAUGCUUGCCGCGGUGGUUGCGCUUACCCAUAGCAGGCUAUUUCUUUAGGAGAGCAAAGUGA